AUGCGCAACCUCAAGAGCGUGCGUCUCCAGGAGACACAGAUCGAGGGCGACCUUCCCUUAACUGCGACUGCCUGGGAUACCUCAUCUGACUCGAUUGUGUGUACUUUUGGUCCGGCAGAGCACAACCCCGUCAUCGAGUUGCGGAGGAAGCGCCCUGAAGUCACUGCUGCGGAGCCUCUGAGCCGCGAUGCGCUCGAAUGUAUCGCAUCCUGGGACGCCCCAAGCCCUUUGCCUGAUCUUGCAUGCGAUCGAGUGCUGUCUCUGCACUACUUCGCGGACAACCUGACCGCAUGCUUGGUUUUGGAGGGCGGUGAUAUUAUUAUCGUCCGUGAGGAGCCCCUCCCUGGAGAGGAUAAGAUCGAGAUUCUUGGCUCCGUCGAUGUUGGAAUCACGGCUGCUGCGUGGUCGCCAGACGAAGAGCUCCUGGCUAUCACUACUAGGGCUCGGACGUUCCUGUAUAUGACCCGCGAGUUCGAAAAUGUGGCUGAGAUCACAUUCUCUCCGGCGGAUCUCCAAGCCUCUCAGCAUGUCUCUGUGGGAUGGGGCAAGAGGGAAACCCAGUUCCAGGGCAAGAGAGCCAAAGCUAUGCGAGACCCGACUGUGCCCGAGAAAGUUGAUGAAGGCAAGCUGAGCGGUCAUGACGAUGCCAGUACGACUAUCAGUUGGAGAGGUGAUGGUGCCUAUGUUGCGGUCAACACCGUCGAUGACGAUCUUCGCCGUGUCAUCCGAGUGUAUUCGCGCGAAGGUACUCUCGACAGCGUGAGCGAACCUGUGGAUGGACUCGAAGGGGCCCUGAGCUGGCGCCCCUACGGCAAUCUCAUUGCUGGAAUUCAGCGACUGGAUGACCGCAUCGAUGUUGUCUUCUUUGAAAGGAAUGGCUUGCGCCACGGGCAGUUCACGCUUCGCCUAACCGAGGAGGAACGCCAAUCUUGGGCAUCACAGAUCAAGCUGUCGUGGAACAUCGAUUCUACUGUACUUGCUGUGCGAUUUAAGGAUCGAGUCCAGCUUUGGACGACAGGCAAUUAUCACUACUACUUGAAGCAGGAAGUACCCAUAGUUGUUGAUCCUGCACGCACUCUCCCAUUCUCGUUUGAGUGGCACCAUGAAAAGGCAUUGCGUGUGGUUGCUGGGUCCUCCAACUCUGUCCUUGACCUCGACUAUGUUUUCGACAUCCACCAUGGCUCGACUGCGAUCCCGGAUGAUGUCGGUGCUGUUGCGGUUAUUGAUGGAAAGAACCUGAAGCUGACUCCACUUCGCUUGGCCGGCGUGCCGCCUCCAAUGGCACACAACGAACUGAAGCUGGACUCAAAUGUCAUCGAUGUUGCAUUCAGCAAAUCGGGCACCCGAAUGGCAGUCCUGAUGGACAAGAGCUUCUCCGUGUUCUUGUGGUCUUUGAAGAGUCGUCCAGUGCCAGUACCGAUUCUCGAGUCGAGCUAUCCUCUUCCAGAUGCACCCACAGGCCGGCCUAGACAGAUUGCAUUCCUGAAUGAAACAGAGGUCUAUCUUCUCAAGGCCAGCACUCCUGGGAUCAGUCAUAUUGAGCGCACGACACUGGAAACUCGAGAGACUCAAGUCGUCUAUCAAGCGCAGGAGUUCGAGGAACUCUACUCUAUCUUUGCUGGGGUAGGCCAUUCUGCUCUUUGGUUCUCACAUGUUCAGCAACCUGGCCUCCCUGCCAGCUACUCCACUAUUGAUUUUGUGGCUGGAAAUGAUGUGCAAGCUACCAUUUGGAGCGAAAGCCCUACUUUUGAAACUCACUGGGCCCGUGCUGUCUCGAUCUCCGAUGACGAGCGCGUUCUGAUUACUCUGACACGGACUGGUGCUCUGUACGCCAACAAGCGAGUCCUUGCUAAGAACUGCACAUCUUUCUUGGUAACUCCAUCCCACCUGUUGUUCACCACAUCCCAACACUUGUUGAAAUUCGUGCAUUUGAAUCGCGUGGACGACAUGGAGGUUCCAGAGGAUACCCCCGAAACCGACGAGAGAUGCAGAAGUAUCGAGCGCGGUUCAAAGCUGGUGUCUGUUAUACCAUCUAUUUUUGCCGUUGUCCUACAGGCACCUCGUGGCAAUAUCGAAACAAUUUUCCCGCGUGCGUUGGUGUUGGCUGGUAUUCGCACAUUCAUCGACCGGAAGAACUACCGGGCUGCUUUCCUCGCGUGUCGCAGCCAAAUGGUGGACAUGAACAUUCUUCACGACUACGCUCCCCAACAAUUCAUGGAAAGCGUUCAGUUGUUCAUCGAGCAAGUCAAGAAGAUUGAGUUCAUCGAUGACUUCCUUUCUCGUCUGAAGGAAGAGGACGUUUCGCAAACACUGUAUAAAGAUACCCUCAAAAUUUCCAAGAACGAAUCUGCCGUUACUGCUCAGCCGGACGCUCCUGUUGUGCCCUCUCAGCCUCGGCUCGCUGGUAAAACCAGCAAGGUCAACGCAAUCUGUGAUGCAUUCUUGGCAGUUCUUCAGACCCGCCUGGACACGAACUUGCAAAAUCUUGUCACUGCACAUGUUUGCAAGGAACCGCCUGACCUUGAAGCUGGCUUAAAGCUUGUCGCCAACCUCCGAACACAAAACUCUGAGCAAGCGCAAGAUGCAAUUGAGCAUAUGUGCUUUUUGACUGACGCUAACCGGCUGUACUCGCAUGCUCUCGGGCUAUACGACCUUGAGCUCACUCUUUUGGUGGCUCAGCAAGCGCAGAUGGACCCCAGAGAGUAUCUCCCAUUCCUCCGAAAGUUGCAAAAGUUGCCAGAUACCCGACGCCAAUUCGAGAUUGACAACCAUCUCGCUCGAUUUGACAAGGCUCUAAAACACCUCUUCACUCUGGGUGCCCACGAGGAAAUUCGGGCCUACGUCACCCGGCAUUCUUUGUAUAAAGAGGCACUCGAAAUCUACAAGUAUCAGCCUGAGCAGCUCAGGGAGAUCACGCAGAUUUACGCAGACUACCUCCAGAAUGACUCGAAGCACAAGGAUGCUGCUAUUGCCUAUGAAUCUCUCGGGAUCUAUGAGGAAGCAUACAAAUGCUACAAUCUUGCUCACAUGUGGCGCGAAUCCCUGUAUUGCGCCAUGAUGGCGUCUUUGCCCGCGGAAGAACUCACGGCCUUUAUCAACGAGCUUGCUACAACCCUGGUCGACGAGACUCGAGAUUACGUAUCGGCCGCAACCAUCUAUGCAGAGCAUCUGCAUGAUAUCGUCACGGCAGCCCAGCUUCUCUGCCGGGGCUCCAAGUUUGCCGAUGCUGCGCGCCUACUGACUCUUAACGGCAAAAAGGACUUGGUGGAAGAGAUCGUUGACUCCGGCCUCUCUGAGGCCAUGGGCUCCAUGACCGACCUCUUGGCCGACUGCAAGUCCCAGUUGAAUGCACAGGUUCCUCGAGUUCGUGAACUCCGGCAGCUUCGCGCCGCCGACCCUCUCGCCUUCUUCGGUGGUGAUCCCACGGGCGGCGAGGGCGGAGUUGAUAUCCCCGAUAAUGUGUCACUUGCACCGACCGAAGCGACGACUUUGGCCGGUCGCACCAUGUUCACCCGGUACACUGGCAAGACAUCUUCAUCCCGCGUGACGUCGCGCACGCGUCGACGCGAGGAGCGCAAGCGCGCAAAGGGCAAGAAGGGCACGGUUUAUGAGGAAGAGUAUCUCGUCAACAGCAUCCGACGACUGAUCGAGCGCGUGAACUCGACCGUGGCCGAGGCCGAGGCCCUGGUAGACGCCCUUCUGCGUCGGGGUAUGCGCGAGCGUGCCACUGCAGUUGAGAAGGCGCUGGCAGAUGUGGUGACGAUGUGUGCGGACUGCCGUGAUGAUGUAUUUGAGAUCGGCCAGACCGCAGCACCUAACAGUGAAGAGAAUGAGGAUGGGACUGGCUAUGACGCGCCCAGCUUGCCGCGGCCGACUGGAGGCUCGGCAGUCCUUGCGGAGAGCAUUGGAAUUACCCUCGGCGGGGCUGGACGUUUGAAGGAGCCGCCCGUUGUAAAGGCGAUGAACAAGUCCUCCCUGCUGGUGUAG